AUGUGCACAGUGGUUAUCACAAUUCCAUCCUCCGUUUGUACGGCACAGACGCCCCAACAGUCGGUGGCACUGUCCUCUUACGAGAGUCUGCAGCGUCGCGUGGCCCUCGCCGCUGUCGUCAGCCUUGUCCUGGAAGAGAGCGAUGGGCCGAGUCCAGCGCAUCGUGUGGCCCGCCUCUUUCAACGCUGCGCUCAGGGGGCCUUCAACGAGCAGGACCGUCUGGACGAACUUCGUCAGUUCAUGGCGCGCUUCGACCUGGCGUGGCCAGUGUCAAAGCCCAGGACAAAGGAGAAGGUGCUUGACCUUCUGGUCUCCUUCUCCCUGGACUGGGGUCUGCCGGUACUGUUCCAGCUUACCGUGGAUGCGCAUUUUCGGCGGCCAGGCUACCGUGCCCUCCACCUAGGCUCAAGUCCGUACGUGACCGAAUGGGUCGUUGUCCGAGACAAGCUGCAGGCGCAAGGAACGCUGCUCGCCUACUUCGACAAGGCCUCCGACCUCCUCUCUGGCGCCCCCACUGAUAGAGGCACAGUCCAAAAUAUCCUCGCGGUGGACAACCGUGUCCUCUCGGCCAUGGUGUCCUCGACGUUCGAAAUCCGCACGGACACGGAUAUGCGGUACAUUUUGCUAAGCCAGCUUGACGAAGUGACUGGACCCGAACUUACCACAAGUGAAUGGCUAGAGGUGAGAAAUUCAAGUGCGCUCGAGUAA